GGCAGCCCUUCGGCACAGUGGCAAUAUUUGUGGGUUUUGAGAAGAAAUAUUUUCGCUUUUUGUAAAGUAAAAAUGUUUUAUAAUAUCAUACGACGGUCUGUGCAGACAAGUAUUAAAAAUGUCAACAAUUACAACCUGUUGCGCUUCAGCAGCUCUUUUGGCCCAAAAGACGAUAUCAAGGAUGCACUGGACAUUGAAGCCAACUUAUUUGAAAACUCCUUGCUGCAACAUCAGCCGGUGAACACGCGGGAAGCUUUACGCAAGCACAAAUCAACAGCACACAGUAGUAAACAAAAUAAACAGCCACUAAGACAUGCGGUAAACAACACAGUUAAGAAUACAGUGCCUAAAAUUGUUGCACCGCCAGUUAAGCGCGACUCAGCGCGGCUUAUUAAAGAUAGUGAAUUAAAUUUGGAGUUUACACGUCUCACUCUGCAGGACCCAUUGAUGACCACUUUACUAACCGAAGUUCGUUCACGCAAGCGUCGUGAUAAGAACAAGCUGAUUAUCAUCGAGGGCCGACGUCUUAUAGAGGAAGCCUUGCAAUGCGGUCUGCGAAUGAAAUCGCUGUUCUUCAGUCAAAAGGAUCGAUUGGCGUUGCUUCGCGAGCCAGUUGCCCAGGCUCAACAUGACCAUAACACAAAGAUCUAUAAAGUACCGCAACAUGAUCUUAAAACUUGGUCCUCGUUGGUAACGCCUCCCGGACUCAUGGCACUGUUCGAACGCCCCUCGCCGAAGGGUGUAGAACAGCAGCAACUGAACACUGAUCCCCUGCCCGUUACAGUUGUCUGCGACAACAUACGAGAGCCCAACAACCUGGGCAGCAUUAUACGUACCUGUGCCGCCUUGCCCUGCUCCCAGGUGGUGGUAACACACGGCUGCUGUGAUCCUUGGGAGUCCAAGGCGUUGCGCGGCGGUUGCGGUGGACAAUUCCGGUUGCCCAUUCACGAUGAUGUCAAAUGGGAGCAGCUGGCUCUACAUAUUCCGCCUGAAACUGCCAACGAUUGUCAUGUAUUUAUUGCCGAAAACAAUCUGGAGAAACUGGAAAAUCUAAAUGGCAUUGCUAUAGAUUAUGCAGAUCUGGAAAAGACCGGAGCCCAUAACAUUCUCAUCAUUGGGGGAGAGAGUCAUGGUGUCAGCGAUGAUGCUUACAAAUUCAUGGAACUGGUGGGCAGCAGAGGCAAGUGCGUCUAUAUACCCUUGGCAUCGGGCAUUGACAGUCUAAAUGUAGCAUCUGCACUUACAUUGCUACUAUUUGAGCUGCGCAGAAAGUUAAUAAAUCAAUCUAAGUUAAGCAUGUAAUUGUUAAAUGUUUAUGUUAAAACAAAUUAAAAUACGUUGUUUUCAAAA